AUGGCGACGGCCGAGGCCGGUGCGGCACGGCGGUCGCUGGCGCCGUUUGUGGCGCCGUUCUUUGUGGCUCGGUCGCCGCUGGCGCCGUCGCCGCCUGCUCCGCUGGGCGAGUGGGCAGAGACGGCGGUAGCGGAGCAGGUGCCUUCGGUGCUGCGGGCGCCGCCCGAGGUGGCCGCUUGGGGCGCGACAGCAAAGUGGACGCCCGAGUAUCUGGACGAGGCCCUGGGCCAGAGCCCGCUGCCGGCCAAGCUUCAAAGCUAUGGGUCAGCGAGUGCGGCGUUCUUCCCGCGCGGCUGCUGCCCGCUCGGCCCGAUGACGGCCAAGGCGGUGAUGGACGGGACCAGUGGCUACGGCUAUGCCUCGGUGCCGGGCGAGUGGUUCCUGGCCAAGGACGCGCGUUUGGCGGCAGACAUCGGGUCGCUGGCGCCGUUUGUGGCGCCGCUCGGCGCGCAUGUCGAUGACAUCGUCCACCAGCUCUGGCUCUCGUCGCGCGGCGUGGUCACCCCGCUCCACGAUGACUACCCGGCCAACUUUUUCGUCCAGCUCUACGGCUCCAAGGAGCUUGUACUCUUCCCGCCCGAGGCCUACCGUGAUCUGGGUCUCUUUCCGCGCUCCUCCUUUUACCACCGCCAGCUGGCGGUCGACCUGCGGCUCGAUCCGGGCCGCGGCUCGCCAUGCUGGCCCGGUCCGCUCCCGUGCACCCUCCCGCACUCGCUCUUUGCAACCAACAAGACGGCAUGGAAAGAGCGCAUGGCCGCGCUUCAGGGCGCAGGGCUUCGGGUUGUUCUCAACGAGGGCGACGUGCUCUACCUCCCGCCACUCUGGUUCCACACUGUGCGAACGCACGACGCAUCGAUCUCGACCAACUUUUGGGUCCACCAUCCGGCGCUGCUGGAGUUGGACAGGUUGUGGGAAGUGAAGGCCCCAAGCUCGCCGAGCGCACUGCGCGCCGUUGUUGCCGGCCUUGCUCACCGCUUUGGUCCAGACUUUGUCCUCUCUGUUCGCGAUCGCUGGCUCGCCGGCGAGGCCAUGACCGCGCUCCACGACUCGAUCCACCCCGAAGACCCCGACUGGAAGGGCUAUCUCGAGGAGGAUCGGUCGACACCGCUGGCCGCGCGGGUGAUGGCUGAUCCGCUCACCUGCCCUGCGGGCGAUAGUGAGUACGCGGCGGCUGGCGGCGACGGCGCUCCUGCUGCGCUUGUCGCUGUUCUCGACAUUGUGGCUGCCGCCGAGAACGCCGGCGGCAGUGCCGGACAGAUCGAGAUUGUUGUCGGCCACUGGCUCGAGGCAGCUGUCGAGCAUGUCGUGCAGGGUGCAUGGGCGUGUGUCCUGGAGCCGUAG